CAUUUGCCUCAGAUGAUACUUCAGUUAUGUUAGGAAAAAAUGAAGGUGUUGUAGCAAAACUUUUUAUAAUAUGUAUUUAUCCUUUAAUUAUUAAUCAUUGUGUGGUUUAUAGAUUGACUUUGGCAUGUAAAGAUGCAAGAAAAGAAAUUGAAUUUUAUAAUAAAGCUGAAUUAUUAGUUAAAAAAAUUUAUGGUUAUUUUAAAAAUUCAUAUUCACAUAUUCAACAAUUAAAAGAAAUUCAAGAUCUUUUAGAUUGUCCUAUUUUAAAAAUAAAUAGAUUAUAUGAGAUAUAUUGA